AUGAGGCUGCCGUUUUUUCCCGUUACCAGAGGCUGCAGGACUGUGGUUGCACUCAGACAAACUCCGUUUUUGUCUCCAAGACUGAAGAGCACUGCUUUGAGCUCCAGGGACAGCCAUUUGCACGAAGACAAGAGUUUCUUUAUAACGACUCCCAUCUUCUAUGUGAACGCGUCCCCUCAUUUAGGACACUUGUACUCAGCUGUCAUAGCUGACUGCGUGCAUAGAUGUAAACUACUUCAGGGAUUUAACUCCAGAUUUGCAACUGGAACAGAUGAACAUGGCUUGAAAAUCCAGCAAGCUGCUGAAGCUGCAGGAAAGGAUCCCGUAAACUUCUGCAGUGAUGUGUCUGAAAGAUUCCGGGGUCUCUUCAGGAGCUGCAACAUCUCACACACAGACUACAUCAGAACCACCGAGCAGAGACACCGGCGAGCUGUGGAGCAUUUCUGGGUGGAGCUGUGGAACAAAGGACUCAUUUACAAGGGCUGCUAUGAAGGCUGGUACUCCACACAAGAUGAAAGCUUCCUCAUGCCGUCGCAGGUUGGCGAUGCUCUGGACUCAGGAGGAAAGGAGAUCAAAGUCUCACUGGAGAGUGGACACAAGGUGGAGUGGGUGAAAGAAGAGAACUACAUGUUUCGCUUGUCUGCAUUUCGGUCUCAGCUGCUCGACUGGUUGAGAGGAAAUCCCGGCGUUAUACAGCCCAAGCGCUUCCACCAGGCGGUUCUGCUGUGGCUGCAGGAAGACCUACCCGACCUCUCCGUGUCCCGUCAGAGAAGUCGUCUUCAGUGGGGCAUCCCGGUUCCGGGAGAUGCUGAACAAACCAUCUACGUGUGGCUGGACGCCCUUGUGAAUUAUCUCACUGUAGCUGGCUAUCCCGACGGACACGACCGAUGGUGGCACGCGGCCCACCACGUCAUAGGAAAGGACAUCUUAAAGUUUCAUGCCAUCUACUGGCCAGCUUUUCUCCUUGGAGCUGGACUGCCACUCCCUCAAGUGAUUCAUGUACACUCACACUGGACAGUGGCAGGAAAGAAGAUGUCUAAAAGUUUGGGUAAUGUUGUUGAUCCUCUCGAACAUUCGCGGAUGUUUACAACUGAUGGUAUGAGGUACUUUCUGCUGCGUCAGGGCGUUCCAGACUCGGAUUGUGAUUACACAGUUGACAAGGUCAUAAAGCUCCUCAACGCAGAGCUGGCAGACUCCUUGGGUGGUCUGCUGAACCGGUGCACCGCUCCGGCUCUCAACCAAGCUCAGGUUUACCCCUCUUUCUGCUCCCAGUCCUUCCCACAAGAACAUGGAGGCAGAGCUGUUUCCGAAGACUACCGCAUGUUGGAUGCAGUGAGAAGUUUACCAGGUGUGGUUGUAAAGCACUACGAGAGCUUGCACGUGUACAAAGCUCUGGAAGCCAUCGGCGCCUGCGUGAGACAGACUAAUGGGUUUGUCCAGCGCCACACUCCUUGGAAGCUGGACAGGAGGGACGAUGGAGACCAGCGUUGGCUGGACACCAUCAUGCACGUCUCCCUUGAAUGUCUGAGAAUUUAUGGCACGCUCCUCCAGCCGGUGGUGCCACAGAUAUCCAGCAAGCUGCUAACUAGAAUUGGAGUGCAACCAGGUGAGAGGAGCUGGGGAGCUCUGGACUUCCUGCCCAGGUAUCGGGGACUGGACUGUCCCUUUGAAGGGAGACCACUAGGAUCUGACUCUGGAGUCCUUUUUAGCCGCUUGGAAAGCCAGGACGUAGAUGGACAAAAACAGAAGAAAACAAAAAAAUGUGCCCAUUUGAGAUGAGUGUUUCACCGACAUCUCUGUCAUGGUUAGGAUUGUAUCCACUAACUUUUGCCUGUAGGUGAUGAUGCAAACCAGCCCUGAGCCUGUUACCUACACAUCUGACUGGGAGUCAGUUGUCAGACAUUGAAUCUUUUUUUUCUACUGUCAUGAAAUCAUCCCUUAUGCCUGCAAAAGUUAGCACUGCUCAACGAUAAUGGAAUGACUCACCAUCCGUAAACAUGUGCUACAUACAGGGCCGUCUAACUCAAAAAUAAAAAUAUACCCCAAAUAUAAGAGAACAUCUGCCCGUCAAUACAUUUUUAACAUAAGAAGUCUACAUUAAAAAAAAAAAGGUGCUUAAAUUUUAGAGCCAUUUCUGUUUCAGGGUUCAGAUGGUAAAUAAUCCAUUUUUGGUUUAAGUGAGACUUUCCCGGAGCUCAAUGAGUCUUCUCUUCGGUAAACAUUCUCCUCCCAACUUGGACAUAAAUGUAAAGCUCCCUCGCUCUACACUGUUACAGACUCGCACUGCUGUGCAUCGUACUGGGACGGAUUCUUUUUCCUCUGAAUCUGGAGAGGCAGCCAACACAAGUGCAAGACAUAAAAACUGACAUGUUUUCUUUUAAUGAGAAAUACACAAAACUGAAAAAACUGUAUAAAUUGAAAUAAAAUUAAAAAAUAAAAACAGAAAUUGCAUUAUUCUUAUAAUUUGUGUUUUUU